AUGCUGCUGUCCACAAUGGCCAGACCUGAAGACAUCAUCCGUGGGCCGCGGUCGCAUCAGGCCCAGACUGACGAAGAAGAUGAUGACAAGAGUAUCUUUAUCGAUUCCCUUGUGCCACCUCCGCUAUCAUACAAUGAGAGCUUUCCUUACCUUGACGAUGAAACAGGGACAAGACCGGGUACAGCCAUGAGCAUGAAUGAUGCUUCCGAAAAUUCAAGCAGGCGGCCAUCUGCUUCGAAGCUUUUGACGCACGAGGAAACCAUCGAACUCGCGAGACGCAAACUAGAACUCGGCAUUCAAGAUACCGAACGCUCUCUAGCAGGAAGCGAGGCCGUCACAGAUGUCGUGAAGCCAAAGCUCACCAUCGAUCUGGGCCAUUCUCACAUUGUUCGAAUACCAGAACCCGUCGUAGACAUAAUCAAAGAUGAAGUCGAAAGACUCUCAUUAUCAAACAAUCAUCUAUUUCAUAUUCCCUACCGCUUCGCCGAAUGCUCUCAUCUUAGAUAUCUCAAUAUCAGAGCAAACAAUUUCCGUGAAUUUCCUAAGGGUGUUUACAAACUGCCGCUUCUUGAAAUCCUUGAUAUCAGUCGCAACAAGAUCAGUACCUUGCCAGAUGAAAUUAGCAAGCUGAAAUCAUUACGUGUUCUGUCGGUCAUGCAGAACAGACUGGAUGACUUACCGGCCGGUCUAUCUGAUAUGAACAAGCUACAGAUUCUCAAAGUUGCGGGAAACCCUCUGCGGCUUCCAUUACGACGUGUCCUCGAGGCCGCUGAGGCUGAUAUCGCCCCAUCUUUCAUGACAGACAACGAGAAGGAGGUUGCUGUUACUGCGGAUUUGAAGAGAUUUCUCAAGACGCGACAGCCUACAACCACCCCAGAGCCAGACGAUGAGGGGUCAUUCGAGGUCCCCAAACCUAUACCUGUCAAACGAAAACUCAGCAGUCGAUUUCCAGUCAUCCCCAGCACUGGAGAUAGCUCAGCAUCUUCAUCUCGAUCACCAUCUUUGUCCAGGGGACCCCUACUUCCGGCCAAGUCACACUAUCGGAUGGCCUCGGGUCAACAUGUUACCAGUUAUGGUCCUCUGAGACCCGGUGUCAAACCGUGGACGGUCAAUGAGCGCAACCGGAGCAACAGUGAAGGUAUCAUCCAAGGCUCACACGCUGCUCGAAACAAACGCAUGGGUCUGAUAACUCGCAAAAAUACCGAUCUCGUAACGUUGGACGAGAUGAGACCAUAUCGAAACAGUCAUCUGCGUGGCCUCAGCCAUGGAUCCGUCCUUCGAGCACGAACAACAGCACCAGCACCUGCUAGUGACAGUAGCUCGUCAAGUCCUAGUAGCCCGAGGGAUCGCCGACGCCCGAGAGAUGGCUGGGUGAACCGCAUGUCAAGUCUCCCAGAACACAAAGGAGAGCGAGGGUCGGACAAGCCGAUAAUUGAGAGUGCUAAGGGCAUCUUGUUCGCGCUCUUCCAAAUCCACUCCCACAUAUCCACGUUGAUCAACGUCAUCAAACGGGAUGAUACGAGACGUCACAGCCUUGAGCUUGUGUUUUACAACGCAUCUACUCAUGUUGAUCGGCUGAACGAGGCCCUCGAAAACGCAGAAAAAUCGCUGCCUGCUGACCCGGACUCGGCACGGGUAGUCGCCGAGGCUGUGAAGCGAGAGUGUGAGACAUGCAUAAUAGCUUACACGCAUGUUGGCACACAAUUGCGCAACAGUGCCACCAAAAUCGUCUCUAAUGGUGAUCCUCGAUACGUGAGAUCUCUGAUGUUGACGAUGUAUGGUAGUUUGGUGGAGCUACGGAAUGCUUGUACCAAUCUUCAUGUUCAACUUCAACCAUUGCAUCACAAAAUUACGUCCCCCAAGCCCAUGAUACUUGCAACAAACAAGAGCUCCUUGGCCACAAAACGCAUUCAGAGACAAAUGGUUACCCCUACAAGGGAAAGGGAUCCAGUUCCCCCGCCACGACGAUUCCGAAGUGAGACUACAAUUCGCCAUACUCCGCUUCCAGGAUCGUUGCCGUUGACAGCAAUUCAUCAUCCCCUGACUAGCUCACCUGGAAUUACAACGACCGUCAAUUCCUCCUUCAGCUCCUCGCGUAGCCGAUCAAGCAGUCGAUCGAAUUUGAUCAACACAUCUGUGCCAUCUUCGUUGGCCACUCCUCGCUCCGGAGAGUCGUUCCCUCCCAUUAUUAAUGCCCCAAGAAUGAACACGAUGUCUGGAAUGGAAGAGAUUGAAGAAGAGCGAAUCUUUGAAAAGAUAUUCAAACAACUUUUCGAUGCCUGCAAAUCCUCCCUCCGUGCUCUUCCAUUGGCACACCAGCAAUUCAUGCAAUGCCUCGAGGUAGCAAAGCAAUCGCGUGAAUCGGAAGGAGUCCAAAUCCUAUGGAAAAAUCUCAUGGGCCGAUCUCAGUACUGCCUGGAGCUCUCAGAAGCAUUGGGCAUGCGUCUGUCCACCAUGCAAGUGAAGGAUCCAAAUGGCGGUUUGCGGAAUCAACGAGAUUUUUGGCAGUUGUGCAAGUCAUUUAUGCAAUCAUUCGUGGAUCUGGUGACAGAUCUACGAGAGGUACGCAACAUGCAACUUCUUCCAAGCAACAUCAUCAUUAUCUUGCGUCCCGUUCAAAAGGCCAGCCGCGAGGCCGGUCGAUUAAUCGAGGCCUCCCCUUGGUCUUAUAUUGCCGAUACUGCACCGACGAACUUGCAAGUGAACACGAACACAUAUGGACUUCCGCUGCCUCAACCACCUUACCUCCAUCAAACCUCCGUCUCUACUUCUGCCAUCACUUCUCACCCAAAUGGAUAUCAUCUAAGUACGAGUAUGUCUCCUCAGUCAGUAACUCUUCCAUCCACUCCGUUGAGCGCAGCGCUUGGCCCCGCCGCACAGGCCACAGUGCCAUCGACGCCUGCCAGCGCAUACAGCGACAAGUUUUUUGAGGGCGAUGUCUUCCAGCGUGCCGACUCGCUUCUAUCUAUGCCGAGCCAGACACCUUUCUUCGCUCGUCGGUAG